GGUUGAACAUGUGUUGUGUGAUCGCCACCGGACGGUUGUGGGUAGAAAGUGCAGGACAGCGUGCUCGGUGACACACGGACCCACACACGGACUCACACGCAGCACGAUGCGGGCAGCUCGAUCCGGACCAGCGGCAGAGAUGUGGAGGUUUGUUCGAGAAUAAUGAGCCUCGGCCGCCGCCAUCAUCCUCGUCAUGUUCCCGGGAGUUUUCUAUGCACUGCUGGCGGGUUUCCUCGGGGCCGUGGCGUCGUCCUCGGCCAAACUGUCCCUGGGAGCGGACUACCUGAAGGGAGUGUGUGAAACCGGACUCCGGACGUGGGGAGAGCAGCGGAGAUUCAGACAAGCGGACGAGACCACCACCUGUGACCGGCUCCACAUCCCUCUGAGGCUGCUGUGUGGCGGACUCCUGUUCACCUGUAACGCUGUGAUGUGGACCUUCCUUGCCAAAGCUCUCAGGUACUCCUCCUCCUCCACCCAAACCACUGUGACCACCACGGCCUCCAACUUCAUAUCUUCCGCUUUCCUCGGCCAGCUGAUCUUUGGUGAAGCCCAGAUAACUCUGUGGUGGGUUGGGAUCUCUCUUACCUUCUCUGGUCUGUUGGUACUGCAGAGGGUUUCACCACAGGAGGGGCACCAGAGCGCCGUCGCCAAGAAGGAUGAAUAAUAUGUCUGGUCUCCACUAGUUCGGUUCAGCCUGGCUCCUGCUGGCUGUGGAGCAUGGUGCGUUUCAGUUGGCAACUCCUCCGAUUUUAAAAUCAGUCCGAUUAAGUUUAGAUUUUAAAUAGAUUCUAAAUCUAUGUUUCCUUCAGUUUGUGAAGCCGUGCUCGCUCAGCUGUUCUAAAAUCAGAGGAGGUGCUAUCUGUCCGUGGGCCACGCUGCAGCCUCACUGUGGCUGGUGGAGACAAGCUAACAGACGCCUGCAUCCAGUUUCCCCUGAAUGAUCCUCGUCCAGAGACUUAAAACAAAGCAAAAAUUACAUUAGCUUUAUUUUAUGUUUUGGAAACUAUUUAGUCAACAACAGAACUCAUGGGCUAAGACAGCAGAUGUGAAGGAAGGGGAAUGACUAAAAGGAAUUAUUCUACAUUUUGGUAAAUACUUUCAUUUGUCUUCUUGCUGAGAAUAGAGAGGGUUUGUUAUUUGAGAAAUGCCCGUGAUUAAAAACAUUCUGCAUCCAAACCUUUAACCGGAUCCACUCUGGAGCCUGGGAGUCUCUCCUGGUCUUUGCCUCAUCCUUCCACCAGGUUUGGUGCAAAUCACUUCAGUUCUUUUUGCGUCACCCUGUUGACAAAUAAGGAAAAGCACCUUAAUCCUGCCGCUCUGGGCUGUGGUCUCAUAUUUAGUAAUUACACAUGAGACUGGUACUGAUACUUAACUCUCAGCAGGAAAAAUAAUUAGUAUUUCAGGGAGGAAGUAAAAACAUAAUUUGAAAAUAAUUUGAGGACUCAUAUUGACAGAGGGCAUGUUACCAUCUAUCAAACUGUGCAUUAUAUACUGCAGCUGUCACAUCACAGAAGCUUUCCUAACGUACAUUUCCUUAAGUUACUAAGACACUCACUGUAAACAUCCUACACUCACAUUCCAUUGUCUGCAUGCUCAAAGCGUUCUUAUAUACACGAAGCUAACGAGGUGUAUUUCCACAAGUAAUAAUCCCACUAAUGUAGCGCUGAAAGGCUCGUCCCUGGUGUGACGGUUUCACCCAGCACCAGGGUCUUUCUUUUACUUUUACUUUGGCAGCUUGAAUAUUAACCUCAAGAUAUGAGCAUGACACGUGUUUUGAUCCAGAAGCGGCUCGUCUAUUAUUUCAUGACGGACGAGUGCAUGCUUCUACGCGAGGCUUGCACUCGUGACAAAUCACACCAAAGCAACCUGCGGCGUCAUUUUCACGUCGGAGGGACGUCCUUUGUGAACUGCACCGUUUUAUUUAUCUCGUGACUCAGGAGGCCAAACUGUCUCUCAAGCGUCAGAGACAUCACACUGGACUAUUUGGCUGCUUAAGAUUUGUAUAUCCUGCAUUUGCAAUCUCGUAUUAUUCUGUUGCACGUUGGAAAUACCAAUCCAUAGCUCGUCAUCUUUGUGGGUUUAUUAGGAUCCUUGAUUCCCUCUUCAUCCCUAGAGUUUUCUGCAAGAGUGCAAUAACAUCCUUUCUUUUAAAUCUCAUGACACUGUGACGUGUGUAAGUGAAGAAGCUUUGAGCAUUAAUAAUAGAACAUGGAAAAUGGCAAUACAAGCUACAAGACGGAUGUUUGUGUUCGCAUGACAUCUGAGGCUGCCUCAUUGAAUGACGUUUUGAAAAUCACACUUUGCUGUUGAUUGGAUACAUAUCAUAAUAUAACUGCAUAAUGGUAGCUAUCGUACCUGGCUGUAAUAUCCCACAGCAGCGUCGCACAAACAUUUAUAUCCCACGUCCUUCCAACUGCUGCUGUGUAGGAAUUGUAUCAUGAGAUUUACAUGCAUCCCUAUUAAUGUGACUGCAGUGACAAUGUGACUAUAUCUCAUACUAAGGAUCAGCUGAGUGGUGUUUGUAGCAGGGCUGUUUACUCACCAUGCAGGAUUUUUCAGCCGUCCUUUGUGCCUCCAUGUUUCGGGAUCCUGGGGGUGUUGAGUUACUUAAAGAGUUGUCAGACAAAUUGGGAAAUUCUGCUUAUUUGCUUUUUUUGAGUUUGAUAAGAAUAUUGAUACCACUCUUGUGUCUGUAGCUGGAGCCAGACCUCAAUUAGCCUAGCUCAGCAUAAAGACUAGAAACAGAGGGAACAGGUAGCCUAGUCUGUGCAAAGAUAACAAAACCUUGCAAGGGGCAUCAUUAGAAGCUCUAGUGUGUAAGAUUCACGGGGAAAGGGAUCGAUUGGCAGAAAUUAAAUAUAAAAUAAUCCUUGCGAUGUCUUCACAAGAGUUUAAUCAUCUAAAUUGUGGCAAUAAAAACGAAUACAAGCACAUUUUCCCAAAAUGUCCAACAACUCUGUUAACAUACGGUACCUUUAAUCUGUAAUUUAUGCUUUUAUUUUGAAAAUGCUAUGGUGCCUGGCUUUUUCUUUACCCAAACGGCAUGACAUGAUGUGACCUGAGGGGAACCAUCGACCUGUGAACCCACUCUGUGUAUUAUAACCAAUCAGAGCUUUGCAGUAGCCACAUUUAAAGCCCUGUGACAGAGGCAUGGCCCUGAGUGAGAUGUAUUUAUGUCCAUGUGCACAUAGACUGUCGAUGAUCGUACGGAGAUUAUAAAAGUGUACUGACAAGUUCAUGUGCUGCACUGCAAGAAAACAAGUAAAUGCAUCAGAAACCUCGAAUCAAUUAAGAUUUGAAGUAUAUGAAGUCGUUCUGUUGACAGCAGAGUUCAGUCCUGAUGUUUAGAAUUUAAAGUGAAGCUCUUCUUUGGUGGUUCUCUCCAUAUGAACAUACAUAAGAGGGAGAGACUGAUUGCUCUGAUGUAAACCUGACAAUGGGUUUUACAGAUGUUUGUAAAAGUGUAAAUAUAUUCUGUUGACACUUAAUGGAUGAUGCUUGAAUUGUCGUCUCCGGCCGAGAGAGGAAACACUGUUAAAUUAUUAAAUAAACAUCUUAUCAUACAAACAAGUUUCCUGUUUCCGUCACU